CCAUAACUGGCGCUGUAGCCACAGGGGCACACUGGAUCCUGGAGACUGCAGCUCUUUCCUCAAUGUCCGACUGCCAGUGGGAGGAACUUUGACCAACCAGCAGUUAGCUAAAUUAUUUCAUAGCACUUACUGUCACUUUUGUUUUUAAUAUAUAUAUGUGUGGUGUUUUACAUGAAACGAGAUGUGGUUUAUUUAUUUACUAAGUUGGCUGUCGUUGGUCAUACAGAUAUCUUUCAUCACACUAGCAAUUGCUGCUGGCCUGUAUUAUUUGGCAGAACUAAUAGAAGAGUACACAGUUGCCACUAGUCGAAUAAUAAAGUACAUGAUACUGUUCUCUACAGGUGUGCUGACGGGCCUGUACCUGUUUGAGGGCUUCCCAUGGCUGAUGAUGGGCUGUGGUCUCUUCACCAACCUGGUGUACUUUGGCCUCCUGCAGACCUUCCCUUACAUACUGCUGAGCUCACCCAACUUCAUCCUCUCCUGUGUAUUGGUGGUGUUGAAUCACUACAUGGCUUUCCAGUACUUUGCUGAAGAGUAUUACCCCUUCUCAGAGGUCCUGGCGUACUUCACCAUCUGCCUGUGGAUCGUCCCCUUCUCCUUCUUUGUGUCGCUAUCGGCGGGGGAGAACGUGCUUCCGUCCACCGUGCAGCAAGGAGAUGACGUGGUCUCAAAUUACUUCACCAAGGGCAAGAGAGGCAAGAGGUCUGGCAUCCUGCUCAUCUUCUCUUUCCUCAAGGAGGCAGUGUUGCCUAGUCGACAGAAGAUGUACUGAGGCUCUACCCGGGGGGGUUGGGGUGGUCGGGGGUGGUAGGGGUACAAGGGUAUAUUUGGGAAGGGACGAAAGGAGAGGGGGAAGAAAGAGCUCAUCGUAGCAGAGCAGACGAGAGCUUCCCGCUAUUGCUACGGACUAGCAGCAGUGUGUUUACAGGACUUGUACAUCUCUCAUACUCGCUCUCUUUCUCUCUAGCUCUGUCUGCAUCUGAAAUGGCACUCUGUUGCCUAUAUAGUGCACUGAAUAGGGUUUCCAUGUCUGUCUGUGAUGAUGGUGACUGCAAACAAAGAACUGAAGGCCUCUCUGGCUCCUGUUCUCCAGCUACAGUAGGCGUCUCAAAUAGGCCCUCUUCUGCAUCAGACUAUUCUGUUCUGUUUUUUAAAGGUUUGUUAAUGAAACUGCGUUGGUAUGAGUCACCUGGGCCGUAUUCAUUACUGCACACCGUGGCAAAAUGUUUUGCAACAAAACUAAAACGAGUGUUUCUUAUUGGACAAGUUCAUGUUGCCCCCUCUCUGUUUUAGUCAGUUUUCUUCUGUUUGGGGCCUAAUGAAUACGAGCCGGGUGGAGGGAGGUUGAAGAGGGGAACGGGGUUGGCGUGAAACGAGGCCAGACCUGAUCACUUGAGUGCGUCCUAAAGGGCACCCUAUUCCCUACAUGGUGCAGAGUCCCAUGGGCCCUGGUAAAAAAAAGUAGUGCCCUAUGAAGGGAAUAGGGUACCAUUUUGGGAAGCAGCCCCUUGUGUUGUGUGCUGGAUCGCUAACUCCCUACUAGUAUGGGGUCGCCAACAAAGCCAAUGUUUGUACGUGGCCGCAUAGGAACAAAUAUGAGUUUUUAUUUUGUAUACGUCUUUACUGUUCAUCAAUGACUCCAUGGCUCUCUAAUUGCUCACUCUCUUGAACCAUUCAAAAGAAGAAAAAGGAAGCUUAAAUAAUACAAGGGAUUUUUUCUGUAUGUCAAUUGAUAAAAAAAACAGAAACAAACUAACAUGCCCACGAAUACUUAUGAAUCUGUGAUAAGGUAGUAGACGUGCAAUCAUUUUUGUACGCUUGUUAUGGGUGGAGUUUAGCGAGAGAAACUGCUGAAGUGAUGUGUAGCAAUGCUAUUAAAGAGGCAGUUAUAUGG